UGGCCGCUGCUUCAUCGAAGUUUUAGGGUUCUAGUGGCCCGUUAUGUCAUUUUAGGGUUCUAGAGAAAAUCCCCUGAGGCAAUGCCGAUCGCUCGGAGAUUCGGGACGCGCAUGGCAGCGGCGGUGGCCAGGUUUGGAGCGCGGCGCGAUCCUGAAGCGCCAGCAUCAUCGGCAUCGCCGCAAGCAGCGUCGAGAGCGAGGAGAUUUGGGCCGGGGGCUAGAGCCGCGACGGCGGCGGCGGCUGGAAGAUCCAGGGCGUGGGAGAGGAGGGCAGGCCCGGCGCUGGAGGCGUCGCAGCAGGGAGCGCUGGAGGGCGCGCCAUUCGGGCAGUGGAGCCACCGCGGGCCGAUCAAGACGACGUGCAAGAAUCUGGGCCGGGUCAUCUACCUCGCCAACAUCCCGCUGCGAUUGCAGCUCCCGCCCCGCCCCAACGAUCUCAAGGAGCUGUGCUUCCGGACGUAUCCCAGGGCCGGCAAGCUAGAGAUCAAGAGGGUCCUCCAGCUCGUCUAUGGCCUGGACGUGGAGAAGGUCCACACGAUGAACAUGGACGCCAAGAAGAAAUUCAAUCCCCGGAAGAAGUACUUCUAUCGCACCGCCUCGUACAAGAAGUGCUACGUCUAUCUCAAGCGCCCAAUCUCCCUCUCCAAGGAUCUCUUCCCGCUCAAUCUCUUCUACGGCGACCCCGAGCAGCAGGAGGGCGGCGAGGAUAGAUCCGGCGCCGCCAAGGACGAGAGCUCCGCCGCUUCUUCUUCUUCCACCGCUACCGCCACCGCCGCCUAGAUCGAGGACUCAAAGGGGCCAACGUUCUUCUUCUCUCUCUCUCAUCCACUAGGGUUUAUUUGUGGGCGAGCCCUUUUUUAGGGUUCCUGGGAUACGAAUUUGGAUGGAGCUGGGCAUUAA